AUGUACAUCUUGAGCGUGUCUGUUUCGCUCGUAGACAAGCACAAAGUUGUUCUUGACGGCCUCCUCGUCAAACUUGCCAAAGUAGCCCCGCCCGAGCUGGAUAAGGCGGUAGAGGAACUCAAAGACGAGAGCAGCGUUCGCAUUGCUCUUGGUAAUAGCCACGAGGUAGAUGUUCUCGUGCUUGACAUGGCUAAAAGUAGUGCUUCCGAGCGUCAGGAUCGGCGACCGGGUUUCCCGAGCGCUGAUGACUUGAAUGCGGAACACAUCGGCAAGGCGAGGGCGACAAUCAUUUCGGAAGCUGCGAAAGAUGAGGUUUUCACCUUUCAAGUUGAAAAGAAGGACGCCAGACAGCAUCUUGAGCUGAUUUUUGACGGCCGACCGAGGGAAGUGAUGAAGUUCGUGAUAGUCUGA